CAGGUAAAAUGGAACUGCACGGGAAACCGAUGGAAGUUGAGCACUCGGUGCCCAAACGGCAGAGGAUUCGGAAACUUCAGAUACGAAAUAUCCCGCCACACUUACAAUGGGAGGUGUUGGAUAGUUUACUAGUCCAGUAUGGAGUGGUGGAGAGCUGCGAGCAAGUGAACACGGACUCCGAAACUGCAGUUGUAAAUGUAACCUACUCCAGUAAGGACCAAGCUAGACAAGCCUUAGACAAACUGAAUGGAUUCCAGUUAGAGAACUUCACCUUGAAGGUCGCCUACAUCCCCGAUGAAACAGCCGCCCAGCAAAAUCCCUCGCUGCAGCUCCGAGGGCGCCGGGGGCCAGGGCAGCGGGGUUCAUCCAGGCAGGCAUCUCCAGGAUCAGUAUCCAAGCCGAAACCCUGUGACCUGCCUCUGCGCCUGCUGGUUCCCACCCAGUUUGUUGGAGCCAUUAUAGGAAAAGAAGGUGCCACCAUUCGGAACAUCACCAAGCAGACCCAGUCUAAAAUUGAUGUCCAUCGUAAGGAGAAUACGGGGGCCGCCGAGAAGCCCAUUACUAUCCUCUCUACCCCUGAAGGUGCCUCUGCAGCUUGUAAGUCGAUUCUGGAGAUUAUGCAUAAGGAAGCUCAAGACACCAAACUCACAGAGGAGAUCCCCCUGAAGAUAUUAGCUCACAAUAAUUUUGUGGGCCGUCUUAUUGGUAAAGAAGGAAGAAACCUUAAAAAAAUUGAACAAGACACAGACACUAAAAUCACAAUAUCUCCGUUGCAGGAACUGACGCUGUACAACCUGGAGCGCACCAUUACAGUCAAAGGCAAUGUUGAGACGUGCGCCAAGGCCGAGGAGGAGAUAAUGAAGAAAAUCAGGGAGUCUUAUGAAAAUGACAUUGCCUCCAUGAAUCUUCAAGCACAUUUAAUCCCUGGAUUAAAUCUGAAUGCCUUGGGUCUGUUCCCACCCACUUCAGGGAUGCCACCUCCCACCUCAGGGCCCCCUUCAACCAUGACUCCUCCUUACCCACAAUUUGAGCAGUCGGAAACGGAGACUGUGCACCUGUUUAUUCCCGCUCUGUCAGUUGGCGCCAUCAUUGGCAAGCAGGGCCAACACAUCAAACAGCUUUCUCGUUUUGCAGGAGCUUCGAUUAAGAUCGCUCCAGCCGAAGCACCGGAUGCUAAAGUGAGGAUGGUGAUUAUCACUGGACCACCAGAAGCUCAGUUCAAGGCUCAGGGAAGAAUUUACGGAAAAAUUAAAGAAGAAAACUUCGUUAGUCCUAAAGAAGAGGUGAAACUUGAAGCUCACAUCAGAGUGCCAUCCUUUGCUGCUGGCAGAGUCAUUGGGAAAGGAGGCAAAACGGUGAACGAACUCCAGAAUUUAUCAAGUGCUGAAGUUGUUGUCCCCCGUGACCAGACACCUGACGAGAAUAACCAAGUUGUUGUCAAAAUAACUGGCCACUUCUAUGCUUGCCAGGUUGCCCAGAGGAAAAUUCAGGAAAUUCUGAACCAGGUGAAGCAGCAGCAGCAGCAGAAGGCCCUACAGAGUGGACCCCCUCAGUCAAGGCGGAAGUAAGGGCUCAGGAGACAGCCACCACAGAGGCAGAUGUCAAACCAAAGACAGAUUUGCUUAACCAACAGACGGGUCUGACCCAUCCAGAAUCACAUGCACGAGUAUUUCCCUAGCCCGUUGUUUCUGAGGACCAGGCGACUUGAACUCCUGUCUCUGUGAGAAUGUGUAUUUUAUGCUCUCUGAAAUACAUGACACCCAGCUUUA